AUGUCAACCAAGGAAGGGUGGGUUGGUGCUUGCGAUCAGGGUUCACUAAGAAUUCGUUAUUAUCCGAUUCUCAUCUCACUACAAUUAAAGAAUAUUGUCGCUCGUUUCUUUGCUUUUCUAUAUAUCAUCUGUAAUAUAGUUUAUACAAUUGUACAUGUAGGAUCAUCAUGUAUGAGAUUUCUACCUCGAUCAAGAACGUAUUCGAUUAUCGAAGAAUUGAAAUUACGUUCGGAAUUCGGACCUUGGGCUAUUAUUUUUCGUUUGAUUGAAAAUACACCACAUUUUCUUUUACUCUCAUAUAUUGGUGCAGAAUUAACUGUGCGUUUUAUUUAUGAUUCAGUUUAUGUUCGUUAUAAGAAUAAAGAAAGUAUUUGGCUUUCAUCUGUAGGACAGUGUGAAGAAAGUAAAUUCUCACAAUAUUAUGUCACAAAAUUAUUUCAAGGAAAUGUUCGAUUCUACACAACAAUGGUAGCGUCUGACAAACAAGAUAUAAAUUGUGAUAAUUGUAUCAAUUAUGAACAUGAAACUGGAUUACAAAGACAACGUGAACAAUCACGCGUGAAAAAGUUCUUCGAUUGGUUCUAUCAUUGGGAUGAUGGUUUUCGUUUUACAACAAUGGCCACGUAUAUUAAAGCUUGUACCAUACAACGUUAUAAAAGACAUAAACAACAAUUGUACAAAGGCAUUUAUGAUGAUGUCCCAUCGGUAGUAAAUUUCAAAGCAAAUUCAAUUAAAUCAAAAUCUGUUCAUUUUCCGGGUUUUCUCGUUGCAUAUAUGGCUGUGGGUUUUGUUAUUUUUUUUCAUUUGAUCUUUUUCAUUCUAAACUUUAUUCGAUUUAUUUCGGCAAAUAUUCGCUAUUGCGAGUUGAUAUUGGCUCUUGUCGUACCUGUACUAAUUGUCUAUCUAUUAAUAACGAUCAGCAUGUCGUCGGCAGAUUGUUUUCUCGGAAUUGCUUCGUGCAUAAUUCGUUUGAUCAAAACUGCAUUUCUCAAUAUAUUCUUUAUGGGACGACUGGAUUGCAGUUUACCUGGACGAUCAUGGGAAAAGUUCGAUCAUGGCUUUGCUGUCUACGUCUCAUAUUUACAUAUGGAAGUAGCUCAUACGAAUCCCGUGAUGCUUGCCUUUUGUUAUUCACUCUAUGACGAUAUUAUUAAACGUCGGCAGAAAGAUUUCGAUGAUGAUGAAGAUGAGGGGGAAACACAUUCCACCAUCGUUCAAUCCAGUACUAGACAAAUGCCGCGAAUGAUUCCAAUGCAACAAUUAGCCAAUCGACCAAGCGCAGCUGCAGCAUCAUCAAAUAUGAACGAUAAUGAUGGUCUCGAUACGAAGAGCAUUGCACAACAAAAAGCCGAACAGCAGAAAAAGAAGAAAAACGCAAAGAAAUUACCGCUCACAGUGAAUGUAGCAGGCGAAAAAGAUGAUGAAGAGGAGCAGUCAACACCACAACGACAGAAAAUCAAAAUUAAGAACACAACAACCAGUUCCAAUAUGUCCACAGCUUACCUGAGAAUCGAUCAUUCAAUCGAUUCGACCAAGACGAACGAAAUGAUGCAGAAGUCACGAAAAAAACGAGCUCGAUUUCGUUGGUAUCUCGCCUAUUCAAUGCUUAAUAAUUAUCAAUUGUAUGAUAUGAGAAAAAACGUUCAAAGUCGACUGGUACUGUUGCGUGUAAACCGAAGUAAUAGUCUGAUCGAAAUGUCUGUUUCACAACAGACAACUGUAGAAGUUGAACCAAAUACAGAACAACGAAGAUUAAGGUGA